CCAAUCCUCCUUCCUAUUCCCCUAGCACUACAUCAACCAGUUCGCCAGAAAACUACCAAUGGCCAAGGCUUCAAGGGCCUGCGUCUUCCUGCUCAGGCUCCUGGCCGCGGCCGCCACCCUCUCCGCCGCCGUCGUCAUGGCGACGAGCCACGAGUCCACCACCGUAUUCGGCUUAACCUUGGAUGCCAAGUUCCAGUACACGCCUUCCUUCAAGUUCUUUGUGAUUGCGAAUGCCAUCGGUUGCGGCUACACCCUGCUCGUUCUCCUGGUACCUCCGACGAGCUCGCUCUCGACAUUCGUCGUCAUGCUCGAUGUGAUCAUUGCAAUGCUGCUGACUGCAGCCAUCGCGGCGGCAGGAGCAAUAUCGGAGGUGGGGAAGAAAGGGAAUUCGCACUCCGGCUGGCUCCCAAUCUGCGGGCAGAUCCCCAAGUUCUGCGACCAUGUCAUGGGAGCUCUGAUAUGUGCCUUCUGCGGUGUGGUGAUUUACCUGCUCAUCCUUCUCCAUACCAUCCAUACUGUGAUCGGUCCUCUUCUUCCAUGAACGUACCCUUGCGAGCUUUGAUAGGAUAGGAUAUUUUACUGUCAUGUGUGAUGUCGAAGUCUUUGGCGCUCAAUUACUGCGGAGCUAUACUUACCAUUGUGUUGUGAUGAGUGGUGUAUUUGCUGGUUAAAAUCCAAACUCAAGUCAUGCUUCUUCUAGUUGCUUUUGGCCUUCUUUGGCUGAUUAA